AUGGCCCUCAGUACCCUCGACAUACUGGAGCAACGCCUGCUGGCAGCUGGGCUGGGUGGCACAACCAACACCGCUGCUACCCCCAAGUCGCUUGUGGCGCCGAGUGCCAGCAGCAACUACAGUGAGGCAGACAAGGCGGAUCAGCUCAAAUGGUUCAGCAGCAGUGUCAACGCUCCAUUCUUCAUCUCCCCCAAGCACGACGGUGUGCGCCUCAUCUCGUACGUCUCUCCAACAACUGCAACAGGGCCCCCAUCUGCGCAGCAGGCAUCAAGUAAGACCAAGACCGGCGCCGCCACAGUCGCGCCGCCGCCGUUGAUGACGUGCUACUCGCGCUACGGACGGCCUAUCUACGGUCUCUUCUGGAUUGAAGAGGAGCUGCGCCUCCUGCGGGCCCUCUGCGGCGACGCCUCGCUCAUCAUCGAUGGGGAGCUGUACCUGCACCAGACCGACAUGGACGCCUCCCGAGGGGGGCGGGAAGGCCGGGCUAACGCCUCAGAUGGUAGGAAGAGAAAGCCAGCUAGAACGGCGCUGCCGUCUUCCGAUGCUGACGGAGUCAACAGCUUCAAUACGGGCUUUCUCGCCGUCUCUGCGCUUGUCAAUAGAUUUCGCAGCUCCACCUUCCGGUGCGCGAGCAAGGAAAGUGUCCUGAAGUACGUCCCCUCUCUGCCUCGCCUCUGCGUAUUCGAUGUUCCGUCCUACAACCCGUGCGCCAAUCCACUAGCACCCCCCACGCGCAAUGCGCCGACCGCCAUCUCGGCAGCGUCACGUCUUCACGUGGAGACCAAAGCCUCUGUGAAGUAUGAUGGAAGCCCUCAGCAAGUCUUGGCAGAGCUGCAGCGUGUCCGCGGCAACGUUACCGAUGCACUUCGGCUCAACGAUGUGGAGCAGCUCCGCAUCGUUCCCAACGUAACACCCUUCUCGCAGCGACUCCGCACCAUGCACUACCUCUUCGAGCUGCUCUCACGCGGCAUGAAGUCGCCAGUGCUGCGGCAGCACUUCUGCCCCACAUCUUCGCGCAUGUGCGGCGCACCGACGACACGCCCCAUCCGCAACUGUCGCAAGCACACACCCACGGCGGCACAAGUGCAGCCACCACAUAGCGGAAUCGGCCAGCACCACGGCGGACACUUUGUGUCUCGCAUCCCGUAUCAGCUCGUGAAGUCUCUCGAAGACACCACACAGCGGAUGCUGCCCAUGUACCUUGACGCUGGCUACGAAGGCGCCGUCAUCCGCGCUCCGGUGAACACGUACGACUUCAAGGAAAAGACGAAGGGCACGCUGGCUGCACUGGUCGCUCCACUUCUGCGGGCCACUGAGACUACGAAGACUCGUCGAGGUCGGCACCUGCGUGGGACAAGCACCGGUGCAGGUGAAGCGAGUGGUCGAAGAGCUCGAAACCGUGCCGCCCUGCUACUCUCCCUAAACACCGGACCUGUGUUAGGUGCAGCCACACCCCUGAUGGUGCACGCGUACAGGGGCGAUGCUCCUCGUCGUGAGCCAAUGCAGCCCAUCUUGCCCUCCGAUGCCGGCCUCACGGAUGCCGAGCUGGAUGUGCUGGACGUCGUAGCCGUGGGCCGGCGGGCGGUCUUGCAAAGUGCAAAGCUGCCGCAGCGCUCGAUGACCGCUGUCAAGGUACUCACAUACCACGAUCGCGAGUACCCCAUCCUUCGCCCGCUGCUGAAGGAACCAUCGAAAAACCCCAGAACGCGGGAGCUGGUGUCCAUCCCACGCUCACACGUGCGUGCUCUCGGGUACCCCAUAAAGCGAAGCACCGACACGGCACUCAGCGACGGCGACGGGGCGACAACGCUGACUCCAGCUACCCCACGGUGUGGGAAAAAGAAGACGAAGAGCAUGAAUCAUGCCACCACUGCCGGCCAAGGUUCGGCCGUCUUCUACGGACUUCAGUGCUUGGCUGAGAACGGACUCGUCUUCAACACUUCCCUGCCGAAGAUGACUCUUGCUCAACAGAAGACACUGCUGCAGCACCUCCUGAGCGCGGGGCGCGACCCGAUGCGGGAAGGCAGGGAGGCCGCAUCAGCAACCAUGAAGACGCCUCAUAACAAGAGGUCAAACGCCGAGGCGCCGUAUGGGGGGGCUGCACACCCAAGCCCCUCCAAGAUCGUCUCCCUCACAGGGCUUUACGCGACAGUGAAGUUCAGCACCCUUACAGAGCACGGUCUGCCUCGCUUUGGCAGCAUCAAGGCCAUUCGCGGAGGUAAAGGGUGGUUCAUGUAA